UUGCAGACAGUUCUGCGUUACUAAUACAUAUUCUAUGACAGAGGGUCGCUCAUUUUCCCUCCUCCAGUCUGUCUUUGUUUACGAGGGCGAUCGGGCGUUGCUCCGAUCCCGCACUGAACAUUUUCGUUUAUAAAUAAACUUAAACUUAUUUGACAAGGCUUUCUGCUUUUAAAAAACUUAAGGUCUUUUUGAAAAUCCUCUAUACAAUACAAUUGCUUGUAUUAAACAAUUAUUAAUAAAAAAAAAUGUGUGUAUAUCUUAAGUGAUAUAAUUGUGGACAAGAUUAAAAAAGGCAAUAACAAUAUGGAUUGGCGCGAAAAACUUUUCGGGCGGGCACUUGUGAAAUGCGAUGCACCUGGUACGCAAAAUGGUAAAUUCGAAAAUGUACCAACUCUUGAAGCUUUAGCGGACUGUGUUGAAGAUGGGGAGGGUGCUGUUUGUGGUAUAUACUUUUCGUUUGCUAAUAUUAGUGAUGCUAGUGAUGACUUCGGUGUUCGCUUGGAGCAGGUUUAUAAAGCAGUUCAUCCAAGAUUGAAGGUGGUCGAGGUGGUGCUUUGGGCCCAUGUGGGUACGCCCGAGGGUCCAGUUGAGAGAGAAGCUGGUUUUCGUCGCACCCUGACUGGAAAACCCUGGUACGCUGUGCCAUUUCACGACGUUGAUACGAAGCGCCGUCUGACGCAAAAAUACAGCAUUGCUGUGGGUGUACCAACUCUAGUCAUCAGAGGGAGAGGGGUUCGAGACGCUCUGCUAAGUGAUCCAACAGGGGAGAGAUUCCCCUGGCCAGCCCCACCGCUCAACGAGGUACUAAGGGGCAUUCAGCUACAGGGCGAGCAGUCUAAGCUGUAUGAAGAAUUACCUGCGAAUGCUAUUAGGGUGUUCUACUUUGCAGCUCAUUGGUGCCCGCCAUGCCGAUCGUUUGCGCCGAGUUUAUGUUCAACGCUGUCAGCCGUCCGCAAGCGCAGAGCCAAGUAUGCGAACACGCAACUGAUACUGGUAUCCAGCGAUCGAUCAGAACAAUCAUUCAAGCGCACAGUAUCAUCAGUAGCCGCGGGGGGUGCCUUAGCUGUGCCCUGGUCAGCGACUGAAGCACGAACUGCAUUACCUGCUGCACUUGGAGUGGCUGGUAUCCCUGCGCUGGUGAUUACUGAUGCUGUCGGAAAAGUACUGACGUCAAAUGGCAGGCAGCAUUUGGCUGCUGAUCCUACAGGCUUGAAUUUCCCUUGGGGCCAACGAGCAGUGUCUGUGUUGACGGAACAGGCAUUGCUGAAGAUGGCGCGGCAUCCAGCAGUGGUUUUAUUUAUUGACGACGAGGACUCCGAAAUCGAAUUCGCCGAAUCAGUACUAAUGCCGGCAGCGGAAUCAUACUACGAAGAAUGCAGCAUCCAAUAUCCUGGCUUUUGUCCCUACCAAAACUCUUCCGACGACGAGAGCAUGGACUUCGAUUAUUCCACAACAAAAUCAUCCAAAAUCAAGAAAAAAUUCUUCAAACACGUAAUGUUUUUUAUAGGAAUAGACGGAUCGGAUAGUGCUGAUAUGAUCAGGGAACACAUAGGGUUAGACGACGCGGUGCCCAUGUUAACAGCUAUCGAUUUCCCAAAACAGCGCAUGGUGACCAUGAAGUUUGGGGACGAAAUUACCACAGAUUCCGUACAGAAUUUUGUCGAUGCUUUCUUAAGUGGCAACGCCGAGUUUAAGCCUUUGAAACCCUAUAGUGAUAAAUGUUAGACUACAAUGGUCAUUCUAUUGUUUUAGUUAAUUAACCCAAGUACUAAGUAUUAGAGAACGUGAAUGAAAAUUUUAACGCAAAGACAAAAAAGUUUUUUCGGCAGUCUUAAAAACUUCAAUACUACUUUAUAUGUUAUCAAAACACAGUACCAUAAACAUACUACAUAAAGGUAAUACAUUUUCCAAACAAUUUCUAUAAUACAUUAAUUUUUAAACAUUGUAUGUCCGUUUAAUUCCAAAUACGGCCACUGAGCGCUGGUUUUUCAAACAAUUUUUGCUUAGCUAUUUGAUUGUAAUUCGUGCUAAGUGCUAAUAGAAUCCGUAUGGUGUAAUCAAACUAAUCAAUUUAAUUUUUGUAGAGUCUGUGCCGAAAUUGAACCGGCGUUGCUGUUGCGUAACUCAUGUUCUUAUUGCUACGUGUCAUUAUAUUUAUUCACAAAUACAUUUUUUUCAUAAUGACUAUGAAGAUGAUUACUAUCGAAUUAUAAUGACAUAAAACUCUAGUCAACAUAAGAAACUAGCUCGUGCAUUUUUUCAGUCACUGACUGACUUCAAAUUUUUUAUAAUCGGUUAGAAAUGGCCUUAGCAUUACAAUGUUUCGUCAAUUUAUGGUAUUUUAUAAAAAUAUUAUUUAAGGUAACUAGGAUAAGUAGUAUUUAACAACGUAGGUUCUGCCCGUUACAAAUAACCUUCAUUAGUAUGGAAUUAGCACCUAAUAGAUAAUUUGUCAAGUAGUGUUUUUACAAGUGUAGAUUUUGUAGAUUUUUACCGUAUGGCAAUUGUAGUAUUAUUAUUUUUAUAUCUGUGAUCAUCUUAUACUAAAUAGUAAUUAUUGUAGUUGUUUAUUUAAAAUAAAUUGCGUAAUUAUUGAAGUAAUAAACAAUAUACUCAU